AAGAGCGGACGUACACCGGACGCGUACGCUGGCGCAUUCCGUUCCGAUUCUGUUUCUGUCUGGCGUGUUUUUUUCUGUUGUGUUGUUGCGUUGUUAUUAACUUUUGUAUUUACUACCACUACGUUUCGCUAUAGUACAUUGUAUAAUUUUUCUGUUCUCUGCCGCGUUUUUUGCCACCUGUACAAGUGUGUCGCUGGAAAAGAUAGUUCGGGAAAAAGAAAUAGAGCGCUGAAGUCAAUGCCGGCUUCAAAGUUUAAUGUGUGUGUCUUUGCUGACGUUCCAACUGUCGCGACAAGUUUGUGAAAAGCGCAAAAAAUAUACGAAAUUAUAAAUAAAAUAAUUCAUAAAUAAUAAAUAAUAAUAAAAUUAAAAGAAAUGCAAAGUAAAGUGUAGAAAGAGUGCAGUUUGAAAGCCAAGCUAAAGUGCAAGCGAAUAUUCUACUUAUUAUCAACAGAUAUCGCGUAUACGACGCGUGUUGCCUUGAAAAUCCAGAAAUUAAGUGCCACCCCUUUUCUCGCUGUGUCCCCCUGUGUGUGUUUGUGUGUGCAUAGCCAAAUAUUAAGUGAAUUACAACUAGGGAAAAAACAACAACAACCAAAGGCACAUCACUUACUAUUAAAUUAUAUUGCAAGUUACAAGCUGAGGGAGAAAAAAUAAUCAAAAAAAGAAAAAAAAAACGAGACAACAAAAUAAUCAAGCGAAACAAGGAGAAAAAAAAAAUACACAACAAAAACAAACAAUAACAGAGGCAGCGAAAAGAACGUUUAACUGAGCAGCGGCUGCGACGUCGACAACGACAACGACUGCGGCAGCGACAGAGGGUGCAACAGUAGCAACAGCAGCAGAAGCAGCAGCAACAACAACAGCGAAAAUAGCAACAAAAUGUUGAAAAACUGUUGAGCCCUAAAGAUGCAAACGGCCAUGGACACGGCCGCCAUGGCCCUGGGCGUUGGCUCCUCCGGCUCUGUCUCCGGUCUGAGCUCCUCCUCCGGCUCCGGCAGCAGCAGCAGCAGCAGCGGGAGCAGUGGUAGCAGCAGCAGCGGCUAUGGUAGCGCCACAACCACGCCCACCAGCGGUGGUGGCCACUACGAGGCAUCGCCCACCACGAUGCCAAUGGCCACUAUAGCCACAGUGGCUCCCUUCUACAGCGAGGCCCUGACCUCUCUGGAUGCCCAGCAGCGACACCAACAACAACAUCAGCAGCAGCAGCAACAGCAGCAGCCAAGUCCGGGUCACUAUUACCACCAGAACUAUGGCUAUGGCAACUCCCUGUCCCUGGAUCCUGCCUACAAUUACAGCGGUUCCCCAUACAACGCAUACAGUGCCGGGCAGCAGCUGUCGGGGAAUACGUAUCCGGUGACUGGAAGUCGCUAUGAAAAGUUGGGCCCCAGUACAAUGCCAAAAUACGGAGGAGCAGGAAGUUCAGUUGGUGGCAGCGGCGGAGGAGGAAGUACGGGUCUGAAGCCCCAAGCCACAGCCACGCCCUUUUAUGCCCAAUCACUGUCCGGCGGCGGAGCAGGAGCAGGAUCUGGUGGCUAUAUGUCCCAAUCGAAUCCCAUGUACGAUCCCUACAAGUACAAGAUGCCCGCCCAGGCACCGGCUCAGCCCACCAUGAUGCCAAGCAGUCAGGUGGCAAGCAAUUCCUCUCCCUAUGGUCAUGGCCUAGGGCUUAAUCCCGCUGUCCAGAAGCAGGCACAGAUGCCACACCCUCAACAGUCGCAAACGCAGCUCACCCAGCUGGAGGCAAACUAUGCAGCCAUUAAGCCCAGCAGAAGCUACCAGGCCAUGCCUGGGGUGGCCUACGGAGGCACUGGAGGCGCAGGAGGAGGUGGAAGCACCAUGCCAGGCGGUGGCAGCGGAGGAGUGACCAGUAAUCUGUCAGGGGCCACAACGGCUCAAUACUACGACAAGUACGGGAUGCCCAUGUCCAUGUAUUCCCCGAAUGGAGGGCAUCCCAUGUACAAUCCGGCGGACUUGGGUCCAGAGCCUGGCUACAGGAAGACCAGCAACAAUUGUCACUGGGGCGUGGACUACAAUGCGCCCAAUUGCAGAUCUCUGCCACAGGCGCCGGCGGUGGUCAACAGUUCGUAUCAUCAUCCGCAUCCAGGUCCUGGUCCUGGACCCACCAACACGGAUCUGUACUACGGCUCCACGAAGUACGACAAGUACGCCGGCAGCGGAGGAGUGGCGCCCUAUGCCAGCAAUCCCUAUGCAGGACCAGCCAUCACACAGUCCUAUCCCGGCAGGAAUCUGUGGGCAGGCACGGAGAACCCGCCAGCAAAUCCCCGCCAGAACUGUUGCUCUCAGGGUUAUGCCUUGAAUCAGCAGGGUUGCUAUUAUCCCAGGAGCAAUGGUUACGGAUCCUAUGCGGCCACAGGAAGUGUGCCCCAGGGACAGUCUCAAUAUCCGGGCGGUGGCUCCUCCGCCGCCGCCAUGAAGCUCAAGCAUCCCACGGACAUGUAUGUGGGUCAUCCACCUUAUGAAGCCACACCCACGCAACUGGGGUAUGGCUAUAACCACCCGCAAGUGCCACCCGGAUCCUCGACAUCGAAUAACAUGAGCAGUCAGAGGUACCCAGUGCCACCUUUGGGUCUGGGAAUGGGCAGCAUGGGCAUGGGCAUUGGAGUGGGCAUGGGCAUGGCCAUGGAUCCUGGCAGCGGUGGCUACUACAACGAUCUCAAUCUCAACAGCCUGGACAGCUAUGUGAACCAGACAAUGCCACCGCAGCAAUCCCUUCGCAGCCAACCCUAUCCGGAUUAUCGCAAAAGAUCCGCUCUGGUGGGCAGCUCGUCCUCGGCGAAUUGUUACCUGGGACAGGGAGGAAGCGGAGGAGCAGGAGGCAUAACUGGACCCCUCACCAAUCUCGAUGCCCAUGUGGACAACUAUGUGGGCUACAAUCUCCAUGCCACUGCCGCAGCCAACCUGAACUACAGCGUGGAUUCCUCAAAAGCAGCCGCUGUGGCCGCCUCCAAUGCUCAGUCCAACAAUAUACGAGACUUUUUGUCCACCUGGAAGGUGGAUGAUGAGGACGAGGCGGCCGCUGUCAUGGAGAUGGAGCCUCCGCCGGCCAUAGCUGUGGUGGCUCCUGUGCCUAAUACGACGGUUAACUUUAUGUAUGAAUCUCUGCCGCCUACGGGACCCCAGGCCACGGCCGUGGUGGAUCAUCAGGGCAUGAAUUUGCCGGACAUCAUCAUAGACAUAGAGAAGGCCAAUGGGAAUGGCAUCCCACCUGGAACCACCGCCAGUGUGGACGAUUCUUUUGGCAGUUUUGAUGUGGAGAAGGAGCUGGAUGAGCUGCGUCUCAAGACCUGUGUUGUCGAGCAGCCGGUCAACGAUAGCGAUGCCCUGGCGGAGAUCCUUCGUCAACCGGAGGCAGCGCCUUUAAUUGGAAGCCAACCAUCGCCUGAACUUCCUUUGCCCAGUCCCAUUCUCAGCAGCAAUACGGAGAGCUUUGAUAAUGUUAAUCAACCUCCUCAACCAACCCAACCUGCUCCUCCUCCAGUCCUGGACUUUGAUCAGAACAACAGCUCCAAUUCGAAUGAAUCCACCUUUGCCAAGGAGUACGAAACUUUUAUACACAAAAUCGAGGGCUCAGAGAGUGAGGCGGAGGACACGAAUCCCCAGGAUGAGGAUGAAUACAGAGAGAAUCCCAAGCGAUUUAAGUUCUACAAGAGAAAGCGACGAACGACUGAGCCGCAGGAGAACACCGCAGAAAACAAGGAGGUGGAGGAGGAGGAAGUACGGCCACUGGCAGAGGCAACCUCAUGUCUCCCAGUAAAAGUCCUCUCCCCCAAAGCCUCGGCAAGAGCCAGUCAGAAGCUCCUGGCCAAGAAGCGACGCAAUCGCAUCAAGAUGCUGAAGAUCCUGGAAUUCGAGAGUCCAAAGAUCAAGUACCGCCACUAUUUCAAGGCCCUGAAACUGUUGAGGAAGCGAGCCGCUUCUAGCCGAACCAGGGAGCUGCGACAUCUGCUGGUUAGGAAGCAGUUGACGCGCCACAGAGAGCAUCGCCUGCCGCUGAUCAAGAGGCUGAUCAAGAAGUACACACCCAGCCAGGAGCUGCGUAAUCCGCCCAGUCUCAAGGGGCUGAGUGUCUCGGCCUUAAACUCCUCGGAGUUUCGCAGCAGUUUGCUUAGUGUCACCGAUCGGGAGACGGUCAUCAAGAGUGUCUACAGCUACAAAGACAAGACUGAGGAAGAGGUGAGUGGAGUGCUGAAUCUGGAAGAGCAGAGCUUGGAUACCAUCAAGUCCCUGGAGUUGCAGCCAAGCUUUAAGGGAUUUGAUGACUUUGAGAAUACGAAUUUAUCGCCAAAAAUUAAGCUGAGAGUGGACACUCCUGUCUCUGAAACAGAAUCUCCAGCAGAAGCUACUGCUAUUCCCAACAAAGCAGAGCAAGUCCAGGCCUGGCUGAGGAAUAACCUGGAGGACAACGUCCCAUCCACUCCAGAGCCCAGCCAACCCGUGAUUAAAAUAAUCCUCUCCUCCUCCUCAUCCUCAUCCUCUGCCUCGAGUUCGAGUUCGAGUUCCAGUAGCUCCAGCUCAGACGAUGACACCAGCAGUUCAACCAGCCAGGCAGGUGGAGAGGAGGUGGCCUCCAGUGACACUAGUAGCUCCAGCAGCAGCAGCAGUUCAGCCAGCUCCCCCGAAAGCGACUUCAAUGAGCUGGCCGCCCUGGAAAGGGAACUCUCCCAAUCCCAAACGAAACCGGAAGAACCCAAAACAGACCAAUCUCCCCCCGAGAUGAUCAAAAUCGAGAUGACCCUGGAGGAGGGAGCAGAAGAAGGGGUCUCCAAUCACGAUAUUGCCAAACUAAAGCAGAUCCUGGAGAGCGAUAGCGAGGAGCUAGCGAGCAGUUCCCGCUUGGCUAGCGUACCAAAGCUAAGUGACCUUAGUAAGAUUGCCUUAAAUAGUUCCUUAAAGACAGAAGCAGAGUUAGUAGUAGUAAGAGAGAGUGCAUCGCCCAGGAUGAGCAACCCUGCCGCCCGAGAACUGAGCGUGGAGGAGGCGCUGGCGGAGAUGUAUCAGCAAAUAGGCGUGGCCUCUGAUCCCGAGGAUUUCGAGGGCAAGGAGAAUGACGAGGAGCCCGAUCACAAUGGCCAGGAUGUGCUGCUUAUCAAUCUGGCGGAGAUCUUUGACUCCAGCAGCGAUCUAUAUGUGGUGCAGUGCGACAUGAACGAGAAUAUACUGGGCGUGGUGGCCAACGGGGAGGAGGGGGAAGAGGAGGAUGGGGUUCAGGAAAUGGAGAACAACCAGCCUGUUGGAGAUCUUGUUCAAGCCGACGAGGCGGAGCAGGUCAACACCUUGCAGCUCAUCCAAUUGCUGGCGGAACCACAACCCGAGUUUGAUGCCAAUACACCUCUUAUUCAUCACGAGGAGAUAAUCCACGAUGAGAAGUCCGAUCCGCAGCAGAAUCGCCGCCAAUUGCUCAAGUAUCUCCAUGGCAAAUACGUCCAGAGUCGGAUCAGUCGCUACUACCAAGCCCAUCGCAUCCUGCGGAAGUACAAGCGCCAGCGGGCGGCUAAGAAGCCCAGGAGCCGCCGCAGGAUCACCUAGGAUACCAGCUUCAACCAAAGAUAUUUCUGGUCCCUGGACAGGAUCAGAUGUGUGAGGCUAACACCACACACAAACACAAGCAGCUAAACUUUUAACCAGAAUCUCAAGACUUUUUUUUUUGUUCGUUUUUGCAUUUUAAAUAUUUGGAUUUGUUUUAGGAAAAGGAAUAUUUUAGGGAAAUCAAAUUAAAAACCUUAUUUUAAUAACUUUAUAGAGAUACUAUAUAUAACGAGUAUAUUUUAGAUAUCUGUGCAAUAUUUACAUGCAAAAUGUCGUGUUUAUCUGGAGUAAGCGAAUUCGAAUCUCGAUGAAUGGGUUAAGCCUGAGUAAGCAGCGUUCGUUGAGGCAGGAGGGUUAAUUUCGGGGGCAAAGUCGGGAAGUUCGAGUCGCGUGCAAUUAACGAGAUAUAGUAUAUAGUAUAUAUAUUUAUAUAUAUAUGUGUAUGUGUAUAUCAAUGUUAUCUUCUAAUGUAUCAGCGUUUUAGUCGCUCAGCGAGUUGGGCCAUUUUAAAAUGCUUUUCGCCAAAGGUCAGGCCCAGAUUUGAGAUACAUUGGCAUUAUAUAGAAUAUAUAUACCUAGAUAUAUAAAUAUAUAUACAUAUAUGUACGUUACAGUUGCGUGUAAGCCUUGGCCUUCAUAGUUUAAUUUUUUUUAGAUAUAACAUAACAUAUAUUGCCACCAAAUGCAGCCUAGACCAAAAAGUUUAGAUAUAAAUGUUCAAUUUGUUUUGUUUCUUUUUUUUAGAGAAAUUCUUCUUUGUUAGGUUUUUUUAGAGCAAUUUGUUAUAGUCGGUUUUUUAUGGGGUUUACCAAGAGUGUUAAGCUUUAAGCCCGCCCCUAUUCCUAUACCCAACCAAAAGAAAAGCACCAGAGUUCCACGGGACAAGGCCAUCCCGAAUUGAUCCAGGCAGAUCUUCAAGGCGUAUAAAAUAUAAUUCGUUAUGGCCACCCUUAAGGAAUUAUCAACGCCCGACUUGUGUAAAAUGCGGAUGCGAAAUAUAUGAAAUAAAUCCAAGGGCAAUGCCAACUGUGGAACAGACUUCGGAUGCUGGUUACUUUUUUUUAGUCUUAGUAAAAUCUGAAUGUAAUCUUAUCUUAUAAUCGAAACCACCUAGAUGUCUUUUCUCUCUCUCGUAACACAUUCCAAAGGACCAACUUUUUAGGCAACUAUAUACACUACCUAUACACUUUACACGAAUCAAGAAACUACUAUCUAAUGUCUAGCUAAAACCUCUAAAUGUACGUUCUUUCGUUUGUAAUUUGUAAUUUGUUUAUAACCUAAAUAAUACGCUUAAUUUUAGUACAAAAGAACAGCAAAAUGCAAGAGCUAGCCCACUAAAUGUAGCAAUUAGUGUUUAGCAGUAACUAUUAAUAUUUAUUGCGCAAUAUGUACAUACAUGCCCCUCUACCCACUUCUCUCACAUUCUCCGCAAAUGGAUAUAUGGAUAUAUCUGUAUGUAUUUUCUAGCCGUACUCUUGUAUAUCGAAAGGUUUUCAUUGUACCCCCUAGCGUUAAGAUUUGUGACUAUAUCAAUGUGAGUGUCUUUGAGCAAAAACCAAACAAAAGGAAAUGAUAUACGAAAUACUAAAAAAACAAAAAUAAUGAGAAAUAA